AUGGGAUUUUUGAGUGGUGUGCUUAAGGCGGUGAAAAACGAAAAUGAAGUGACAACUUAUGAUAAUUACAUCAGUGGAGAGAAUAAUAAGCUUGAAAGUGUACUUAACACCUUAAAUACUAAUAUUGGCUCCGGGCGUGCUGGGCUUGCCGUGUCUGUCGACGCGGUGAAGAGGUGGUUGGAGGGGUAUGGGAAAAAUCUCCGUACUUCAACUUAUCUCGUAACUCAUGAAUUAGAUGGACUGAAGGAAUUCAUAUCAGGUAAGCAUAUUUAUGGUAUUCAUGACGUGCAGAAUCUUCAAGACCAAUUGAAGACGUGGACCGAAGUGGUCAAGAAGAUAGAUGAGCACGUUAAACAGAACAUAAUUUCUAAUGUUGAUAAAUUAGAUUAUACAUUGAAACGUAGUGUAAUGAACAAAAUUGAUCCGCUGCGUGCAUCAAUUAACCAGUUGCUUGAUUCGGCUAAGGAUCCUGCCGUUAUCCAGCAGGUCAAGAAGGUAGAUACAGAGUUGCAGGCACAAGAGUUGAAGAUUAAGGACUCGUUAGGUAACGAGGUAUAUAAACUUCGUGACAGUUUGAAACUUAUGAAAGACACCAAGAAUAGGCAGAUUUGGUAUUUAAGAAAGUCUGUUAACGAUUUCAUGAAAAUGAUUGAAGAUAACCAUUUUAACAAUACCUAUAAGGACAAUAUAAUCAGUCAAUUCAAUGACAUAAAACGUAAGGUCAAUGAUGUUUAUGAUACAUUGUUUGCAAAGCAAGCGCAGCUGAAGGGGUUGGUGGAGCAGGCCCAGCAACAUUUUGCGAUUAUUACGAAUACAAUUGGCAUGGACGCGAAAAUCGGCCACGAAAAAAGCAUUUAUCGUAAUUGGGAUAAGCUCAGGGAGACCAUUAGUAAUCUGGUGUUGCGUCAGAUAUAUGGGCAGAAUAAACAUGAAGGUCUCAGAGGGAUUCUCAGUGGAGUAGGAAAUUAUGCCGACGGCUUCAAAUGGCAGACGUUUGAAAAAAUAAUGCAGCAGUUGUUGCAAGAAAUUGUUGAAAAGGAUUCCGUAUACACCAAUAUUGAUGCGUAUGUUAGGUAUAACAAGAAUAAUUUUACGGGUGAUCUGGGAGUCGGUGAAAAGACGGAAGCAAUCCUAAAAAAAUUGACACCAAUCAUCAUACAGAAAGCGAAAGAUGCUAUAAAAACGAUCAAACCGUCUCGUACACUUGGAACCAGGGGGAGUGUAGAUGGAGAAAUAUCGGAAAUCAUAAAGUAUCUUGGUAAACUAACUAGUGAUGUUGAAAAUAUGGAAAGCAAUAUAACACAGGCAAUUGAAGAGGAAUUGGCAUCGGGUUCGGAAUUAAGUUACGUAAAUGCCCAUCAAUCCGACCACAAACAUUAUCUCAGUAGCGCUAUUAAGGAAACAUUGUCUAUUAUCUCUAUGAGUGUUAAAUACGUGUGCGCACAAUUGGAAAAUUUCAAGAAUGCUUCCCGUAUUUCCAACUUAGAUCAGGCCAUCAAAGAUGUGACUGCUAUACCGGGAAAGCUCUCUGACGAUCCGUCACUUGGUCAAAAUAUCACCAACGGAUUGAAGACUGUAACGAAUCAUAUCGAAGAACUUAACAAAUUUUUAGUCAAAUCAACAGGUGACAAUUCCAUGCACGAGGCGAUCGAUGAACUGAAAUCAAAGAUGGUCGACGAACUUGAUAAGCUCAAAAAAGAUAAGGAAGGCCAUCAAGGGCAAAACGGUAUCAUAAACGAAAAUAAAGAUAAAGCUGACGAGCAAAUGGAGAAAUUGAAAACCGAGCUUAAAAAGAAGCUUAACAGCUUUGAUAUCAACGUCACACAUGCCGAUACAUUAAUCGAAGACUCUAUUGAUAGCAUCGUAAGGGUUUUAGAUGACGCUCAUGGUGUUAUCGAACGAACCGUCACUGACGCUUUUGAGAAAGUUAGACAAUCCGUCCGCGCCCUCUUCGCCGAGUCCCACCGCGCCGACCUCUCUGCCCUCCGCUCCCUCGUCGACCAGCAGCUGAAGGCGGUGCAAGGCAUAAUCGCGAAGGACAGGGUGACGGGCGUGAAGGGGAUGCUUAAGACGCUGAGUGGUGUCUCCGUCAAUAUGAAAUCCUCACAGUAUGCAGAUCAGAAUAAUAUGCUCAUGAAGCUGCAAACGGCUGCAUCUAAGAAAAACAGUUUGACAAAAGCUUAUUUUGAUGAAUUGGUUCAACUCGUCAGAGCGUACUACCGUUCUUACUUAAUUUAUGUGCACGAUGAUGCUGUUAGAUUAUCCGCCUCCCACCCUUCUCCCUCCACCGACUACCCCUCUCAACUCAAGGCCAUUUUCGACAAACUCGUCGAACUUCUUAAUCACCUCGAAAAAGACAAGUUAUAUAACUACGACCAUAAUUUCGUUGAUUUACUCGCCUCCCUCAACUCUCUUGUUGACUCCCUCUCUCCCUCCUUCACCUCCCCCUGCCCCCUCCUCGCCCCCCUCAAGGCCGGCCUCGCCAAAUUCACCGAGCAACUCGGCCACGCGUACGUGAGUAGGUACUCGGGGCAAAAAUACACUGCGUUAACUGAACGAAAACAGGUUCCCGAUCCUAAAAAACCUGACAGCAAAGAAAAAAUUGACGUUACCGAUUUAACCCCUGAGGGCCGGAACUGCGCCAAGGUCUGCCUGACGAUAGUGGAGAUGUUGACCAAAAAUUUUGUGGAGUUGAAAGAUGAAUGUCAAGUCUACAAAAGUAAGCAAAUUAACACGUAUGAUGAUAAUUUAUUUGGCGAAUGUUUUACGAAACGUGGUUUCACGGUGACAUCCGACAAGGGUAGGCAGCACGGCGAGUUACAAGACAAGAGUGACAUGACCGGCGAUGCAGUUUAUAAGAAGAUAACGGCAAAAGUUACAGGCGUCCAGAUGUUAACUUUCCUAAAAACAUGGAAAGAAGAACAACGCAGAAAACAUCCUCACAGGCAUCCAAAUGGUAACAUUCACCUCUUCGACGUUCUUGACUUCCUGCAAGGUUACGUCGUCACAUAUUACACAGUCCGUCACCUGGAACAUAUUCCAUCAGCUAAAGCACCGCGUAAUAUUUAUCAAAUGCUGCAAUGGCUGAGCGGCGUUCGAUAUUAUCCAAGUCUUAUUCCCCUGUUCCUUUGCUUCAAGGAUCUGUUUCCUAGACGUAAAGAAGACGAAGGAAAGGAUAUCAAGGCUAUAUCACCCGCUAGCGUAAAGCUCUCAGCAACAACUGAAAUCACGUAUGCGCACUUAGGAAGAAAAGUGUUUGUGAAUGUCUGUUUACACGCCCAUGAUGUCUUGGUUGCCAUCCUGGGUCACGGUCACGCAGGUGGGCGAUACGCUGUCGAUUUCAAAACCAACGAAGCAAAGUUGUUGUAUCCUAGUAAGGCGAGUGACUGUUUUGAUAUGCUCGUAGACAUUGCGUAUCGCGUGCAACACCAGCUGUAUUUCCUCUUCCAACAGUUUUACUUCGAAUCAUCGUACAGCUCAUGGCGCGACUGCCUCUAUGGCAGGGGAGUGGCCGGGUCAUCGUGGAAGUGCAAUACCAAGCAGUGCCCUAACCACGACUGCAACCAAACGGCUAGGCAAACGGCCAACCAAAUGGGUAACCAAACGUGUGACCAACACUGUGACCAAUAUCCCAUGUGCGACCUAAAAUCACCUUUGCAGUCAUUCUUGGAGGAUGGCUUACAAGGCUUCUUACCACAUCAAUUUACCAAGCCGGGCUGCAAACUGGAAUGCACGGCAGCCAAUCACAAAGCUAUUCCCUGUAAGACUCCCAUGGGCUUCGGUGAUAUAAGUAAUAUGGCAUCGCAUACGCAGAAGGGUACGCAUCUCAGAGAUGUUUUAAUAGAUUUCUGCGGGAAUUCUACUGCUCCCCUUACACUGAUGUGCGCUUAUUUCAACUGCCUGUUACAGCGUCCUCCUCAGAAUCUGGGUGAUAUGUUCGCGUUCUAUUACAACCUAAUGAAAGAGUGGAGUAAGAAUGAGACGCAUAAAAGAAAGGCAUUUGACGAAGCUGUCAGGAAGGCCAAUUUCGAAAAUCGAGGUACAACGCUCGAACUGGAUGAUGUCUUCAGUGCGCACAGUAACAUUAGCAGCAACCACGCUGGGAGGCAUCUGUCUAGCCUGGUGAACUGCGACGGUGAUAGUGGAUCAAAUUGCGGCCGGUAUUUGAAGCCCAUCAGCACCGACGUAUAUACUAUUUAUUCAUCGGAAUAUGCUGAUAAGUAUGUCUCAUGGAUCGUCUACCUCACUGAAACAUUCUAUGACUUGCUUAAGAAAUUAUACGACGAAUGUAACGGCAACUGCGGUCCGAAGGGAUCCAACUGCCACAACAAAUGCUGUGUCAAAGGGUGUCCAUCCCUCGUAAAAGAGUCGAAAAAUGUGACCCAUGAUGAAGGAUGCACGUCCAUUGUCCAGUGCAAGCAUACACUUCCAACCUUGUGCAGAUAUGGAUUCACGUUCUGGUACCAGACGAGGAUCAACGGCGAACAAGGCAUAGAAAAAAAACGUACCUGCAAGGAUUUGUGCAACGUGCUAGAGAGAGUGCUGAGUGACAAAGAAGCUGACCAAGCUCCACUCGCUAAACUAAUCUACGUCACAAUUCCUAACUUCCUCUUCGAAAUCCGCGCCCCCUUCAUCUGGCUCAAUGUCGCCCUCUGGCUCCUCUCUUUGUUGUACCUCCUCCACAUCAUGGUCAUCCGCCUAGACCUGCUCCACAUCAAAUCGCAUCUACAUAGUCCCUCGAGUCAUCGCAUAGCUGCUCAAUCACUACUCUCCGCUGCACGUGUUAACAAGCUUAACAGAGUGUUUUACCUGCAACCAUAA